AUGAUCGAACCCGAUUUGGACGACACACAUCUAUGCAUUAAAUGCAGCUCUACAAUUGUUGGACUGGAGGCGUAUAUCCAACACCGCAAAACGCAGUGCACCAAUCUCAAUAGCACCGCUGCAAGUAGUAAGCGGGAGCACACCACUACGCACACGGUGCACUCGGAAAUAAUAACCACGCCACGCGCACAUCUCGAUCACACCUACGACGCGUUUACGUUUGCCGAGCCGGAGUCAUACGCUAAAGAUUCGGCACACGGUGGUAAAACCUCCAAAUCGCUGUCCGAUGCUUACGAGCUGCCGUACGAGCUGGGCGCCGACGUCUUUUUCUCCUCACUGCAACUACAAAGCGUACAAGCAGCCGGGCCCUCAACGAGCGGAAAGCAAGGGCUGAGCGCGCCGAGUCAAUCGCUGAGCAACCUGCAACAGCGACAACAAAAACCUGGGCAUACCGUACAUAUUGGUGCGGCAGAUGAGCCUUGGAUGUCAGAUGCACAGGCAAGUGGCAGUAAUGUAGAGCAGCAACAAAAAUCCUAUGAAGUUUUUAAACCGCUCACAUUCGUGCACGAGUCACCCGAGGCGAGUGAGGAAGAAGAGGAGGAUGUGGAUGUGGAAAUGGAUGAGGAUGAUGAUGACUAUGAUCCGAUAGCGGAUGCGCAUGCGAAUGGUGGCAAAUGGAAACCACCAACAAUGCGUCACUCACCACCGGUGGUGCCCGAAACACACACCGGUGGCAAAUGGCGGCCCGAGUUUAGACCCGAAUUGAAUGUAACACAUGCACAGCUCACACGACUCUCGCCGAACUGGGACGAGGCGGUCGAAGAACUGGAAAAUGUUGAAGUGCACGAGGGACAGCAUCCGCCUGCCGAACAUACGAAAGGUAAAUGGAUACCCGGCACCAAGAUGCAACGGCUCGAAUAUAAGGAGGAAGUAGUCGAGUUAGCCAAAUCGGCGAAUCAAGCGUACUGGUGUAAUAUAUGUUGUCGACGUUUAAAAAGCAAAACAAAUUACGAGAACCAUCUGAAGACCGGUUAUCACCGCAAACGUGCGGAGCCCGAACGGCAGCUCGAAAAGGCGGCGCUGGGCAAUAUACAACGUGUUGAAUUAAGUAAAAGUUUAUUGGCAGCGGCCUUGGCUGAACCCAAACCAACUACCAGCAGCAGUGGUGUUGUAAAAAAGCGUAAACGUCGUGCCAUCUACAUUAAAUGUCAACUCUGCAAGCACAGCAUGUUGCGUCAUCUAGUGGGCAAGCACUUGAUAUCGCAUUAUCACUACCGACGUAUGCAGCUGAAUCCCACGAAGUCUUUGCACAUGAUACUGGACAAUAUACACUCGGUGGUGCUACAAUCGCCGUUCCAGUGUCGCCCCUGCCGCUUCUAUACGAACACCGAAGAGAUGUUUCUGCAGCACUGGAGCUCGCCCACACAUUUGGACGCCACCGAGGGACUCGGCAAGUUUUGGUGCAGUUAUUGUCACUUCGAAUGCGAGGACAACAAUCAAAUGCGACGCCAUCUGCUCAGCGCCGAACACAAGGAGGUCAUUUUGGCCAUUAAUCGUUCCGUGCCCAUUUGCAUUAGCAAAAAGUUGAGCAUCGAUUGCAGUCGUUGUCGUCAGAGUUUCCGUUAUAACGCCGAGUUGCGACGACACGCCUUGCUCUGUCAUCCCGACAAAGAAUUGUGCGGCACCGCAUCGGACGGCUAUCAAAGUCGUUACAAGUGUGAGUUAUGCGCGGACAGUUUUCGUUCGAAGGUCGCGUUACAACGUCACGCGAAGAACAAGCACAGCAUCAGUAAAUAUUUCUGUUCCAUAUGCAAAUUGGAAUUCAAUACGCCUUGCAAGGCGCGCAGACAUCGCAAAACGUUGCAGCAUCGGAAUUGUGCCGCAGCAGCGGAGAAGAAUGCGGGUGUGCGACGUGUGGCGUCCACGAAGGACGUCAAGAGUUGUGAUAAAUGCAAUUUUGUCGCCUCUUCGGAAGUGCAAGCCAUGCUACACGAACUCUCACAUCACAAGAGCGGUGUCACCAUGCGUAAUACAGUUAUCGCUAGAACAAGUAGCGCCACCACCACCAGUAAAAACAGUAAAACCACUGAAAAAUCAAAGAAGUCCGUCGUAAGCAAGCAACCCAAACUGAAGUGCAAGGACUGCGAAGAGCUCUUCACCGACAAGGAGGUACUCAAAGCACAUCGCGAUGCCACGCAUCCGCUAUUGUGCCACGUCUGUUUGAGUUGUGGUCAAAGUUUUGCGUUGGCCCAAGCGCUUGGCCGUCAUACGCGUAACUGUGAGCCGAAGCCAAGUACUUCGAAGGAAGCACAGGCCCAGCGCGGCACGGCAAGUGACUGGCGCUGCGACAAGUGUGAUUUCAGCGCCCCCUUCGAAUCGGAGUUAAUCUUUCAUCGUCUGCACCACACUCUUGGUCCGAUGACUAAAAAUCAAAUUAUCGCUUGUCCAAUUUGCACGAAAGAGUUUCGUAAGCAUUCGUUACGUUGCCAUUUGCGACAGCACACGAAUGAGAAGAUCUUCGCUUGUGAAUUGUGUGAAAUGAAAUUUUCACGACGUCACAAUCUCAAGGAUCACAUGAAGAUCAUACAUAAUGUGCCAGCGACAGUACAGAAAGAUCCACAAGUGUCGUCGGCAGGCGAGGAAAUCGCAAAAGUGAAAAAGAGAAAAAUUGAUGGCGACAAAUUUGCUUGUGGUAUUUGCUCCAAAGCAUUUAGCACAGAUUACAUGCUGAAAAAACACACAGCGAGUCAUGCCACUUUGCCGUCGGAAAAUGCUGAAAAUACUUGUAAAUAUGAGAAUUGCAAAUAUGUUGCCGCAAGUGCAAGUUUACUGCGCGUUCAUGCGGCAUCACAUGCCAAGGAGCAGCUAAAAUGCAAUGAACCAUCGUGCAACUAUGAAGGGAAAAGUUUGCUGCACUUAAAGAGACACUCCCGCACCCACCUAGCGCCAGCUAAGUGGUUUACGUGCGACAAGUGUGAAUUCAAGGCGCGCAUCAAGGGCCAUCUCAAGCGUCACAUGCGCACACAUACUGGGGAAAAACCCUUCCAAUGUCGCUACUGUCUCUUCCGCUGCAGUACUUUCGACAAUUUGCGUAAGCAUGUGCUCAAAACCGGCAAACAUCCAGGAAAAUUCAUCUACGAAUGCGAGCAUUGCAACAACGUUGGGCAAAAGAAAUCCUUCAAAACCAAUUCAUAUCACGAGUUUCAGGCGCACAACGCAGAAAUGCAUGGCAAGAGAGAGUAGGCUGCAUAAGUAGCACAGAGG